AUGUCCCCAUUACGUACUAUUCAAAAUCGUUUCAAAUGUCGAAUUUCUGGCUGCACAUCCAGCUUCCAGCGAAAAGAACACCGGACGCGCCAUGAAGGACAGCACACGGGCGCAUUGGCCCGGGAGUGUCCGCUUUGCGCCCGCACAUUCUCUAGAAGUGACUCUCUUCGUCGCCAUAUCCGUCUCGACCACGGCCCGGACGAGCCAACCCGGGUAUCUCGAGCCUGCCGGCGCUGUCGCCUAGCAAAAAUCCGCUGCAGUGGAGGCGCUCCCUGUAGUCGCUGUUCCGCCCAGACACGGCAGUGUGUCUAUGACGACCGCCAAAGACCUCAACAGCAGGAUCAACAACCUCAAUUAUCAGCAUCAACUCAACCAUCACCGACAUCGCAGUCCCUGGAGGACCACGCGCUUCCUUGCUCUCCCCUCCCCACUGUCGAAGACCAUGACUCGACCGCCCAUUUCCUCCCUUAUAUCCACCUUUAUUUCACCCAUUUUCACUCCCAUUGGCCCAUCCUGCAUCGAGCCACCUUUAAUGCCUCUGAUGAGCCACCAUUGCUCUUACAGGCUGUCUCUGUGAUCGGGUUAUGGGUUAGUAAUAAGCCUUCAGCUCGAGAGGCGGCGAUCAGUCUGCACCGGAAACAGGGCCCUUCCAUAUUAGCACAGCAGGAAAAAUGGACAGGCGCCCUCCCGUUCCAAACAGAAACUUCCAACAACAAUUCAACAGGUUCGCAAGCGACCGCAUCCCGAUGUCCCGUGGCCACAUACCAAGCAAUCCUUCUAUACCUGAUCUUUUCCCUUAUUCUGAGGAGCCACGGCAUUAACAACACCAAAGUCAACAAUAAUAAUAAUACUGACAUCUGCACCACCCCACGCUCCCUCGACCUGACCCUCUCCCUCUCCCCCAUGGACCAACACAUCCUCUCCCUCCUGGUCAGCACUUGCCUCCGCAAUCGAAUAUUCUACUAUCCACAAAUGAUGGAACGGUAUCAUCAUACCAUGCAAUCUGUCACGUGCAUUUGGAUUGGAAUGGAGGAACUCAAACGGCUCGGUUUGGCAAUGUAUCGACUUUGCCGACUCUGUGGGACGGAGAACCAUUCACCAGGAAGCGAAAAAGAUGAAGCGGAUGUGGGGAACGGGAGGCUAGUAUUGCGAAUUUCUGAUCUACAAUUUCCGCCUCCAGAUAGUCGACAUCUCUGGGAGGCACAGUCGGAUCGGGAGCUGUCACGGUUACUGCAGAUGGAGGCGUGCCGGGGUGGGACACGGCUAGAUGGUCGUGACGAGGGGAAUUGGAUUUCGUCGUGUGGGAGGCUGUUGGAUGGUGCGGAAAUGGAGCAGUGGUGGUUUUGA